AUGCCUACAUCCUUUGAAUGGAAAACCUACCACAAGUGGUCCAAGGAACUUGGUAUGGUCCCGUUUAUACUCGCACGCGAACGAUCCGUUAAUGGUAAUGGAUUGAUUCAAGACACGGAUAUUCUCUACCUCAAUGUUGCGGGAACAUCAAUUGUGGUACUCGACUCUUGGGAAGCUAUCCUUGAACUUUUUGAGAAGCGCUCUUCGAUAUAUUCUGACAGGCGCCGCCACCGUAGACUUAUGCACCAUAACUUCCAUCCUACUGCCGCCGCCCGUUUCCGACCCCACCUUUUAAAGGCUGCACGUAACCUGUUGAAUCGGUUCCUCGACAUGCCUAACGAUGUGAUUGGGAACUUGCGGCAUAUGGCUGGAGAGACCAUCAUGUCCGUAGCAUAUGGCUUAGAGGUGAAACCAAAGGAUGAUCCUUACAUUAGGACAGCAGAGCAAGGUGUCCAUCCGCUGGUAGCGGCCGGUGUUCCUGGCGCGUUUCUGGUCGACGUUCUUCCGUUCCUCAAAUAUGUUCCCGAGUGGAUGCCCGGAGCUGGAUUCCAGACCAAGGCUCGAGAAUGGAAAAAGCUCGCUCUGAAUAUGGUUGAAAUUCCAUUUGCUGCCGCAAAGCGCAACUUGGCGAACGGAGUAUCGUCACUUUGUGUGGCAUCUUUGAGUCUACAAAAGCUUGAGAAUGGUACCACAGACGACGCGUAUGCAGAGGAUAUCAUUCAAGGUGUGACUGGCACUAUGUAUGCGGCUGGAUCCGACACAACAGUAUCAGCCGUUGCUUCUUGCAUUCUGGGAUUACUGGACAAACCAGAGGUUAUUAAAAAGGCCCAGGAAGAAUUGGAUAGAGUCGUCAAGCCUGGCCACCUGCCCGACUUUGAUGAUGAGGAGUCAUUACCGUACAUAACCGCUAUAGUAAAAGAAACCCUUCGUUGGAGAGAUGUCGUUCCUAUUGCAAUUCCUCGUCUAUUAACUGUUGACGAUGAGUACAAGGGAUAUCGCUUACCUGCCGGGGCGAUUGUCAUUCCAAAUGCAUGGGCUAUGCUGCACAACGAAGACGUAUAUCCUGAUCCGUUUGAAUUUAACCCGGACAGAUUUAUGAAGGACGGAAAAUUUAAUAAAUCAGUGAGAGAUCCUAGUCACGCAUGCUGGGGCUUCGGUAGACGAAUUUGCCCUGGACGUUACAUGGCCUUCUCUUCUGUUUGGAUUGCCGUAGCUUCUCUCUUGACUGUUUAUGAUAUUAAAAAAGCUGUCGAUGAGGAAGGAAAUGUGAUCGAGCCCCAACAUGACUACCUGUCAGCACUGGUAUGUAUGCCGAAGCCAUAUAAAUGCUCCAUUACACCACGCUCCCAGAAAGCGGAAAGGCUUAUUCGCUCCGCGUCCAACCUUGAGGCUUUAUAA